AUGCGUCGGUGGCACGCCGUCGUUAAGAACGUGGAUGCUGUUAAGAAGGCGAUGCGCUGGUUAAAUCGUAUUGAGUUCCACUUGGACAGCAGCGAGCACUUUCGCGUUCCUGAGGAUGCCGAUCUUGAGGACCGACUAAAGCAACGUCCGGUUUCUUCGAUGAAGGUUGAGCUGCAUUGCUGGUAG